AUGGGUCAAUUCGAUGAUGCUUAUGAAUUUAUUCAUCAAUUCGAUGAUGAUAAAUCACAAUCUGAUCUUAAUGAAGAUGAUAAGCAGAUUGAAAUAAAGAAGAUCUACUCCAAGAUUGAUUUAAGAAUUCUUACGAUUCUUUCAGUGAUUUAUUUCUUCCAAUUCUUAGACAAAUCUUUGAUAAACUAUGCAGGGGUUAUGGGGAUUAAAGAUCAUUUAGAUCGUCCGAGUCAAUUUAGUGAUUUAGGUACUAUCUUAUAUGUGGGGUAUAUAAUCUGUGAACCCUUCGUUACUAUUGGAUUUCAAAAAUUACCUUUUGGUAAACUUUUUGGGGGAUCUAUCGUAUUGUGGGGGGUUUUGGUGAUGUUACAUACAGUUUGUUUGAACUAUUCAAGUUUAAUGGCUAUCAGAGCAUUAUUAGGAGCUGCUGAAUCAACUGCUGUUACAGGAGUAUUGAUUUGUAAUGGGAUGUGGUAUUCUCAUAAACAACAAUUAUCUAGAUUUGGUAUCAUUACCUGUCAAGUUAGUACAGCUACUUUUGUUGGAAGUCUUAUGUCUUAUGGUUUCCAACAUGUAGAUAGUUCUCAAACGUCUUUAGAUAGUUGGCAAAUAAUGUUUUUACUUAUGGGUGGUAUAACAAUGAUUUUUGGUGUUUGCGUACUUAUAGUUUUACCUGAUAAUCCUAUGAGCUGUAAGUUCUUGAACAAGCAAGAAAAGUUGUUAUUGUUGGAACACUUAAAAGAUAAUCAAACUGGUGUUGAGAAUAAAACUUUCAAAUAUUCCCAAAUUAAGGAGUAUUUGUUGGAUAAGCAAACUUGGUUGAUUCAUCUUCUUACCAUCAUUACCAUGAUCCCCACUGGUGCUAUAAAUACAUUUUCUGUCACUAUAAUUGGAUCAUUAGGGUUCGAUAGUAAACAAGCAGCACUCAUGCAAAUGCCAGUAGGAGUUUCAUCAUUCCUUGCUAUUAUUAUCCCCAUGUAUUUGAUUGUUUAUUUCAAAGACAAACAUAGAACAUUGAUCUUUAUUGGUUUAUUAUUGAUAGCUAUUGUUGGGUACUUUAUGUUAAUUUUCAGUAAAAAUAAAAUUGCCAAUUUAUUUGCAGUAUACUUUGGAAACGCAGGUACUUGUGUUAUCACCUUGAUUUACUCUUGGAACAAUAGAAAUACGGCAGGAUACACUAAAAGAUUAGCACGUAAUUGUUUUACUAUGAUUUGUAUUGCAAUUGGAUGUUUGAUUGGACCUCAAUUAUUCAAGACCGAUCUUGGCAGGUUUCUUCCAGCCAAGAUUGCCCUUUUAGUUAUCAGUUUUGUGUCUAUACCAUUAGUAGCAUUGUUGGGAUUAGUUUCAAGAAGAGAAAAUAUCAAAAGAGAUAAUUUAUCCGAUAAGCAGCAUCAGGAUUUUUAUGGACAAUUCGGUACAGAUUACCAAUACAAAGAUUUAACCGAUAUUCAAAACAUCAACUUUCGUUAUGGUUAUUAA